CGUUACGAAAUGGAGCCCUCAAAGAUGAAGCCAGAUGAAUUAAGGGAUAGAUAGGUAGAUAGAUAGAUUAUUUAUUUAGGGCAUUCAGAACUAGGUAUCUAUAAAACCUCAUAUUUCAUACCCUAUUGGGUAGAUACUCAUGACGCGGUGAUUAUGAGCACAUCUUGGGAGUAAAAGCGGCGGAGCGGCGGUCCUUAUAAUAUUUGCUCGCUAGAUGGCGCAAGUGAUCCAGUUUCCAUAGGAUUAACGGCACAUUGCAGAUUGCAUCGUCCUGUAUUACAGUAAGCAACAACAAAUCAACAAGAUGUGAAAUGGCAUUCAAAGGCACAGCGGUCGAUUCAAAGACCGUGCUGAUCAAUCUGCUGCUGUGUCUGCUCAUAUUUUAUUCCCUUUUCUACAUGAUCGGGAGUGUUUGCUUCGGAGCUUUCAGAUUGGAUCAAUUUGACGGGCUGAUUCCUUUUGAUUUCAAAACUGAACCUGCUGAGUCCAACUCCAAAUACCUGGUCAACCUUCUCUCCUUGGAGCUCACAUACUUCUGUAGUGGUAUUCUGUUUGCUGCGGUGGUGAGGAGGAGGGUUUGGGACUAUGCCCUCACCGUCACAUUUCUCCAUGUAAUAAUCACCAGCCUGGUGAUGUUAGAGUUUCCUACAGUAUGGCAGUGGUGGCUGGCUUUAGGAAGCGGCUUGUUUCUGAUGAUUUGUAACGGUCAACUGAUAGCUUACUUUACAUGCCAAAGCGAGCAGAGCUAUGCCACCUUCAGCUACUACUGACAGGCCAGAAAAGCAGCUAAUUAGUUUACAAUCAAAAAAGUUAAUCUAUCAUUUGUAUUUAUCCUGUUGACUUUGGGACACCAGUUGAUUUAACUGAAAUAGAAAACCUAAG